GAGGAUGGUGGCGGUGGCCGCCUCUGCCGCGUCCCGAGAUGGCGGCGGGCGGCGAUGGCGGAGUGGUGGGCUGCGGGCUGUCCAUGGAGCGCGUCCGCGCCCUCACCGAGCUGUCCGAGCUGGAGGCCGCCUACAGCCGGCUGUGCGAGGAGGAGAGCGCCGUGCAGCAGGAGCUGGACGCCCUCCUGGAGCAGCAGGGCAGCAUCGAGAGCAAAAUGGUGGCCCUGCAGCGUAUGGGCCCCAACCUGCAGCUCAUCGAGGGGGAUGCCCAGCAGCUGGCAGGAAUGAUCACCUUCACAUAUAACCUGGCUGAGAAUGUCAGCAGCAAAGUCCGGCAGCUGGAUCUGGCCAAGAAUCGACUCUAUCAGGCCAUUCAGAGAGCUGACGACAUACUAGACCUAAAGUUCUGCAUGGAUGGAGUUCAAACAGCCCUGCGAAAUGAAGAUUAUGAACAAGCAGCAGCUCAUAUCCAUCGCUAUCUGUCUCUGGACAAGUCAGUGAUUGAGCUCAGUCGUCAAGGCAAGGAAGGGGGCAUAAUUGAUGCCAACCUGAACCUCCUGCAGGAAUCAGAACAGCGCCUGAAGACAAUUGUCACAGAGAAAUUUGACACAGCUAUGAAGCAGGGAGACCUGCCCCAGGUGGAACGGUUCUUCAAGAUCUUUCCCCUGCUAGGCUUACAUGAAGAGGGGCUGAGCAAGUUCUCAGAGUACCUCUGCAAGCAGGUGGCCAAGAAAGCAGAGGAGAACCUGCAGCUGGUGAUGGGGACAGACAUGAGUGACCGUCGAGCUGCUGUCAUCUUUGCAGAUACCUUGACCCUCCUCUUUGAAGGGAUUGCUCGUGUUGUGGAGACCCACCAGCCCAUUGUGGAAACUUACUAUGGGCCAGGGAGGCUGUACACCCUCAUCAAGCACCUGCAAGGAGAGUGUGAUCAGCAGGUGGAGAAGGUGGUGGAGAAGUUUGUCAAAGAGAGGGACUAUCACAGACAGUUCCAGCAAGUUCAGAACAGCAUGAUGAGAAGUUCUUCUGCAGAGAAGAUUGAACCAAGGGAACUUGACCCAAUUUUAACAGAGGUCACCCUGAUGAAUGCCCGGAGUGAGCUCUACUUGAGGUUCAUCAAGAGACGAAUAGUAGCUGAUUUUGAGGUGGGAGACUCAAUGGCCUCCGAGGAAGUAAAGCAAGAGCACCAAAAAUACCUGGACAAACUCCUCAACAACUGUCUGCUGAGCUGCACCAUGCAAGAACUCAUUGGCUACUACAUCACCAUGGAGCAAUAUUUCAUGAGGGAGACUGUCAACAAGGCUGUUGCCAUGGACAGCUACGAGAAGGGCCAGCUCACCUCCAGCAUGGUGGAUGACGUGUUUUAUAUAGUGAAGAAGUGCAUUGGGCGUGCUUUAUCCAGUUCCAACAUAGACUGUCUCUGUGCCAUGAUCAACCACUCCACCACCGAACUGGAGUCUGACUUCAGGGAGGUUCUGUGCAACAAGCUGAAGCAGGGCUUUCCAGCAACAACCUUCCAGGACUUCCAGAGAGGUGUGACCAGUGCCGUGAACAUCAUGCACAGCAGCCUGCAGCAGGGCAAGUUUGAUACAAAGGGCAUCGAAAGCACUGACGAGGCCAAGCAGUCCUUUCUGGUAACCUUAAACAACGUGGAAGUCUGCAGUGAAAACAUCAUGACCCUGAAGAAGACUUUAGAGAGCGACUGCGCCAAACUGCUUAGCCAGGGCUUUGGAGGUGAACAAGCACAAGCCAAGAUUGAUAGCUGCCUCUCUGACAUGGCUGAUGUCUCAAACAAGUUCCGUGACCUCCUGCAGGAAGGUGUCAAUGACCUGAACAACACAGCCAUCAAACCCCAGGUAAAGCCAUGGAUCAACCUAUUCCUCUCCAUCUCCCACAGCAUAGAGGAGGAAGAAUUCAGUGACUAUGAAGCUAAUGAUCCCUGGGUGCAGCAGUUCAUUGUUCACCUGGAACAGCAGAUGACAGAGUUCAAGGCUGGACUGUCACCAGCGAUUUAUGAUAACCUUACUGGCCUCAUGACCAGCCUCAUAGCCACGGAACUGGAGAAAGUGCUUCUCAAAUCCAGCUUUAACAGGCUUGGCGGUCUACAGUUUGACAAGGAGCUGAGGUCUCUCAUAGCCUACCUCACCACAGUCACCACCUGGACUAUCCGUGACAAGUUUGCACGUCUUUCCCAAAUAGCCACCAUCCUCAAUCUGGAAAGGGUGACAGAGAUCCUGGAUUACUGGGGCCCCAACUCCGGCCCGCUCACCUGGCGCCUCACUCCGGCAGAGGUCCGGCGGGUGUUGGCUCUCCGAAAGGAUUUCCGUGAUGAGGACAUCAAGAGGCUGCGCCUGUAGUUCUGUGCUGGCUUCCACACAUGUGCACCCUGAAGGAGGUAACAGCAGGAGCACUGCAGUCCUGGUGCUGGCCUAAAUCCCCCCUGGGGCUAUAGCUGGCUGUUGGAUCGUGUGGAUGAUGGUUGCCCUUCUCCUCAGAGCAAGGGACCUUCCAGGGCAGGGGAAGAAGAGCCUCUGUCCUUCUACGGGACCAGAAAUAAAGCAGCAGAGGACUCUGACAUUGAGAGCAGCGUGACACAUGCUAGGUCAAUGGACAGGGUUGUGCUAGUGCAUUACUCCUUUCAUUCUGUUCCCCUGUGCGAGGCCACAGAAGAUCCAGGAAAUUCGGGGCUGUUGUGGAAUGUUUUUGUUAUGGAUCUGCACAGAUCACUGUGUGUGUCCCCGUGUUGGUGCUUGCCCUGCUUUUUGCAGGGAGGCUGCAGCCACGUUGCUUCUGUGCCGCUCGUUUGUGGGUCAGCUCUCUCCCUUGUGAUGGGGACUGUGCAGUAGCAGAGGCAGCCUGCUGCGAGGCAGGGAUGUUGGUGGGGGCAGGGUGCUUGGAAAAUCACCAGCAGGCCUCUCGAGGAAGGAGGGUCGUGGCCCUGCUGGCUCUGUACAGAUACACUAUAAAUAAACUGCGCCUGGCUGAGCAGCGA